AUGUUUACACGGAUUUUUCGGAAGCCUAAGCAGGAACCAGAUGCUGUAUCAACGUUAGCUAAGUUGCAUGAGACGCUCGCAGUGUUAGAGAAGAAAGAGAACGUUCUCUUAAGGAAGGUUUCUGCAGAGGUGGAUAAAGCAAAAGAGUUUUCCAAAGCGAAGAACAAAAAAGGUGCUAUAGCUUGUUUGAAGAGGAAAAAGAUGUUAGAACAGCAGGUCGAGCAACUUGGAAAUUUCCAAUUGCGAAUUCAUGAUCAGGUGACACUGAUUGAAGGUGCAAGAGUUACAACAGAGACUGUUGAUGCAUUGAGGACUGGAGCAGCUGCUAUGAAAGCUAUGCAGAAAGCAACUAAUAUUGACGAUGUCGACAAGACAAUGGAUGAAAUCAAUGAGCAAACACAAAACAUGAAAGAAAUUCAAACCGCACUGUCAACUCCUAUUGGCUAUGACUUUGAUGAGGAUGAAUUGGAGGCUGAACUCGAGGAACUAGAAGAAUUAGAGUUGGAGGAACAAAUUCUUGAUACAGAAACAAGUUACCCUGUACCUCCAGUUCAUGUCCCACAAGUAAAUCAACCAAAUCGUGGUCCUCUUAACAAGAACUCAAAGGAAGAAGACGAGUUGGCUGCAUUAGAGAAAGAGAUGGCAAUUUAA